UAAUCUCCAAAAAUCCUUAGUUCGUUUGACAAAGGAGGCGCCAAUACGUAAUGUCGGCAAAUGCAUUAGGAACUGAAAAGACUAAUGUAUACAAAGAGGGUCGCUCCUAUUCCGCCGUCCGUUCGCUAUGUCGCUUUGCUUUGUGGGCAUACUUUCGAAAUUGUCAUGUCUCUGUGCAUGACAACGUCCCGACUCAUAGCCCUAUGCUAGUUGCUGGAAAUCACUUGAAUAUGGUUUUGGAUCCGGCAGUCUUAAUCGUGACAAUACCGCAUAACAGGCAACUUCAUUUCUGGGCGCUAGCGCGGUUCUUCAAGAUACCGAUCAUUGGACGUAUAUUCACAGCUGUUGGCGUACUACCAGUCGACACCAAAACUCGCAGUAACGCAAAACUCUUUGAGAGCACUGUUGAUUGCCUGGGACAAAAUCAAGCUGUGGCAGUUUUCCCUGAGGGCACAUCAUAUACGGCCCCACAUCAUUUACCGUUUAAAGACGGCUUAUCCUGGGCGGCUUACGAAUUCUUGGCCCAACAGCAUCAACGAAGACAGCGUGGUGAAUCAGCAUCUCACUCCAGUAUUACGAUCUUACCCGUCGGAAUCACGUACACCACGAAGGACAAAUGGCGAAGUGAUGUCAUAGUACACUACUCAGAGACGAUACAGGUCGGCGAGCAAGACAGAAUCCAAUUUGCAGAGGAUCCAAAAGCAACCGUAAAGCAACUCACAACUCGAAUCACAGAAUCGAUUGAAAGUGCUACAAUCAAUGCGCCGGACUGGGAUACAGACAAUGCCAUGGCUACAGCAAGAAGUAUUCUAUUUGGGCAUCGAAAUGGGAUUCAGCUAAAUAGUUAUGUUAAGAUUUCACAAAGUUUGAUUAACAUUUUACAUCCGUUGAUGAUACCAAAACUUACGGAGCUGGCCAAUCUCAAAGCUCGAUUAUUGAGUUUUUCGAGGACCACAAAGCUACUGCAGCUAUCGGAUCAGGAUAUUGCUGUUUAUCAAAAGCAAAAAAUAACCAUCACGGCGGCAACUUUGAGAUUGCUUCGAAUAUCAUUGAAACUACUUAUCGAACUACCGCUCUUUUUACCAGGCAUAAUCAUUCACUCACCCGUCUAUCUCCUUGGAAAGGCAGCCGAAUCAGUCGAAAAAUUUACAGAGUCCAUUGCUCAGGAUAAGAUUGCACUCGCUCUUGGUUUGCUGAUUCCGCUGUAUUCCACUCUCUUCUAUCAGAUCUGGCGGUGGAUGAGAUUUAGCUUUGGUGGAUUUCUACUUGGCGCAUUUUUGAUACCCACUUUUGUGCGCUACCAUAUGGCUAUGCUGGAUAAGCGUUAUGAUCUACUGAAAGAGCUCGUGGCAGCUUGGAGAAUAUUUGUUGCUUUAACCGGAGGCAAGAGUCAGCGAGCAGAAGUCGAAGAAGCUGUGGAACUACGAAAAUGGUGUGCAGCAAAUUUAAAAAAGGUGCUACUUAAGCUGAAAGAUCAAGGUAAUGAAGACGCAGCAUAUUUGGUGGACCAGGCCCAAAUGUUUUUUCAAGACGGUGUAGCACCUGCUAUGGAUUAAGUACUGUACACCAUUGUUCCGAUUUAUUUGUGAGAUUCAAAAAGUGAUUCAUGCAAGUUCGUAUGCAAAAAG